AGAAACUGGUGGCUAGAGGUGCCCGGAUUUGCCCUCUUGGUCCUCACUUCCGCCGGAAGUAACCUCCAGUCGCAAGUGCCCUCUCUGCACGCGCGGGCAUCGGGUACCUCGCACCGGUACUCCGGGCGUGAGUACGACCACAAUGGCCGUCACCACCUUGCUGCGCGCGACGCCCCUCUUCAGCGGUCUUGGCGCCGGCCCGACCCCACUCCUGCAGGGCCUGUUGCGGCCGCUGACGGCCCCGGCACUGACCCUCUUGUGCCGCGGCCUGGCCGUGGAGGCCAAGAAGACCUAUGUGCGCGACAAGCCCCAUGUGAACGUGGGUACCAUCGGCCAUGUGGACCACGGCAAGACCACACUGACCGCGGCCAUCACGAAAAUUUUAGCCGAGGGCGGUGGGGCCAAGUUUAAGAAGUACGAAGAGAUUGACAAUGCCCCGGAGGAGAGAGCCCGCGGUAUCACCAUCAAUGCAGCUCACGUGGAGUAUAGCACUGCUGCCCGCCACUAUGCCCACACAGACUGCCCCGGGCACGCAGAUUACGUUAAGAAUAUGAUCACAGGCACUGCCCCCCUUGACGGCUGCAUCCUGGUGGUGGCAGCCAAUGACGGCCCCAUGCCCCAGACCCGAGAGCACUUACUACUGGCCAAACAGAUUGGAGUGGAGCAUGUUGUGGUGUAUGUGAACAAGGCAGAUGCUGUCCAGGACUCUGAGAUGGUGGAGCUAGUCGAGCUGGAGAUCCGGGAACUGCUCACAGAGUUUGGCUACAAAGGAGAGGAGACCCCGGUCAUCGUAGGCUCUGCCCUCUGUGCCCUUGAGCAACGGGACCCUGAGUUAGGCCUGAAGUCUGUGCAGAAGCUCUGGGAUGAAGCUGAGCUUGCUAUGCCUGGGGAGGACCUGAAGCUUAGCCUAAUCUUGCGGCAACCAAUGAUCUUAGAAAAAGGCCAGCGUUUUACUCUGCGAGAUGGCAACCGGACCAUUGGCACUGGCCUCGUCACCGACACACCAGCCAUGACUGAGGAGGACAAGAACAUCAAGUGGAGUUGA